AUGACGGUAGCUGAUGCGGUCAUCGCCGCCGAGCCAGCGGCACGACCGGGCGACGAUGGAAAGGACCUGCAGAACUGGUCCUCCCUCAUCGGCAUCAUCACCGCCAUCGUCGGCAACGUCCUUAUCGCACUCGCCCUCAACGUCCAGCGGUACGCCCACCUCCGACUUCACCGUGAACGCAUCCGGGUCCGACGUAGGGCGAAAGAGGCUCUGAAGCAUGCGCCGAACGAAGGCCAAACGGGGCCCUACGGAACCGUUGGCGGAGGUGGAAGAGGAGGAGAUACAGAUGGAGACCUACCAGAGAAUGGACAGAAUGCGGACCACGAUGCUGGCGAAUCCGAGCCUCUGCGAAGAUCAUUCCGUUCCGAGGAGUCCGCUGGCUCCGACUACUCCGGCGACGAGGACAAGGCCCCCUCGACAUACCUCCAGUCACCAUACUGGUGGGCAGGUCAGAUCCUGAUUACAUUGGGCGAGCUGGGCAACUUUCUGGCCUACGGCUUCGCGCCCGCCUCUAUCGUUUCGCCUCUGGGCGUCGUUGCCCUGAUUUCCAACUGCAUUAUUGCGCCGAUCCUGUUCAACGAAAAGUUCAGGCGGCGCGACUUUGGGGGUGUCAUCAUCGCCGUGGCGGGUGUGGUCGUUGUGGUUUUGAGCGCCAAGCAGGAAGAGACAAAACUUGACCCCGACGAUGUGUGGGACGCGAUUACGACUUUGGCAUUCGAAAUAUACUUGGCCGUAACGAUCUCGUUGAUUAUCAUCCUUAUGUGGGCGAGCCCGAGGUAUGGCCACCGGACUAUAUUGAUUGAUUUGGGUCUGGUGGGACUAUUUGGCGGUUUUACGGCACUUUCAACCAAGGGCUUGUCUUCGAUACUAUCGACAACUCUCUUGGCUGCAUUCAAGACCCCUGUCGCAUGGGCACUAAUCUUCAUUCUGCUCUUCACGGCGGUGAUGCAGGUGCGCUACGUCAACAAGUCGCUGCAGAGGUUCAGUUCAACCCAAGUCAUCCCGAUUCAGUUCGUCCUCUUCACUCUCAGCGUCAUCAUUGGCAGCGCCGUGCUGUACCGCGACUUUGAGAGAACAUCAGCUGAACAGGCCGGCAAAUUCAUUGGCGGUUGCUUGCUUACCUUCUUUGGCGUCUUCCUCAUUACUAGUGGUAGAGUUGAGGAGGACAUGGAUGAUGGCAUGUCUGAUGUGGAUGGCGUGGAGGAAACGAUCGGCCUGGCUGAGCAAGACGGCUACAGUCCGACCCAACCACUCCCGCCUUCUUCCACCUCUAUUCCCUCGUCAACCUCACGCCGGUCGUCUCGAGCCUCCAACGGAAACAACACGAACAACGGGUCAAAGCCGUUUAGUUUGCAGCGCGAUUCCGGCAUUCCAUCCCUUCGCGUUCCUACAACAGCUUCGGCGGGUAACAUUACUGGCGCCGAAGCCGAACCGCUGUUGGCCAACCCCUGGAGCAAUUCGGCGACAGAAGAAGUCCUUCCUCCGCCAGGCACCAGGACCAUUUCAGACGAGUCUAUCCACACUUUCCCCGGCUUCGGCUUCGGCUUCUCCCCGUCAGAGCCGACAACACCUUACUAUGACGGACAAAUCCAACCUAGAUAUCCCACAAAUCCCACAGACAGACCCGUCACACCACGCACAUCACUGCCGCCCCGGCCUCACAGCCACAACUACCCGGGGCCCCUCUUCUCCCCGUCCCCCCUCUCAUCCACCGUGAGCGCGGUCGUCAAGGAUACUCUUCUUAGGAACGCAGAGAGUCCGCUCCUGCGUAGGCCGUCGGUGCGUCGGCUGCGUUCCAGCAUCAGAGCCAGCCUCUUCAUGCCCGACGACAAUGGCGAGGGCGCCGACGUCGACGCCGAGAGGCAAAAUCUCGCAAGCAGGGGGGACGAUCAAGACGGUGGCGUCGCGGAGCGCAGUCGCACGGCGGGCGAGGGCGCCUCUCGGGAACAAAUCCCUGGGAGACAGCGGAGCCUGAGUGAUACGCUGGGCGACUUUUUCAGGGUGAAGAAGAAGAGGAGGGACGGCGGUACAGAUCCGGAAGAGGAGGUAUAG